UGUAUCGGAGCGGACGCCGCCGGCGCAGUGUUGCGGGUUCGCCUUACCGCCCGCCAGGCGUCGCAUAUGACGCCCCGCGGCUAAAGACGUUUAAUCGUGAGCCGUUCAUUAGGCAACACCUCGUGGUUCCCGAGAAGGCCUUCUCAGCCAAUGGCGUUCACAACCCAGCAUUUACGUCUGACGGCGGCGCCCUGGCGGUGCGCCCCGCCCUGCCCUCGCUCCCCACGCCGCCACCGUCCCCUGCCCCCGUGCCGCCCCCGCGAAAGAAGCGGCGUGCCCGCCCCCCGCAGCCACACGGACCCCCUCCCCUGCCGCCCUCUCGCUCCAGGGCCGGAUCCAGGGCGAGGGGAAAGGAUGGGCUGUCCGAGGACGACGAGGAGGCCGCCGUCAACCCCAACGACUCGAUCCUGAGCCCGGCGCACACCAUGGAGCUGCUCAAGAGGAUGGCCAAGGUGGAGGGCCGGCUUGGUGGCGCCCGAGCGGCUCAACGCGCCAGGAGCAUGGACAGCCUCGACGUGCUGGACGCCGCUGCCGCGCGAGGCCGGUCGCUGCCCGGGCGCGGCUCGAACCAGGAGCGCCCCGACGUGCGAUCAGACGGUCCACGCAGUUUGGACCUGGACCUCAACAAGGAGGAGGGUGUCGUCGGCGUGGCCAGCUUCUCGCUCCAGAGCUGGGAGCAGCGGCGCGGCGCCUCGGACGAGCGGCUCGGCUGGGGUCCGAGCUCCUCGCCCGCGACCGCGCUCCAGCUCCUGUCUCCGCGGCAGUGGCGGCCGCUCAGCCCCGCGGCCGCGGGGGUCGCGCCUGACGGUGCCUCGCGAUCAUCGUCAAGGGCGUCCAGCCCGCACCAGACCGCCACCACCAAGGCGCUCUCGGAGUUCAUCAAGGACACGUACACCGCGCAGUCGGGCGACAUCGCGUCCGUGCCGGGUGCGCGAUCACAGCUUGAAGAGCCCUCCAGCGCGCCCACCGACCCUCCCCCGGGACUAGUCAUAUCCGCCCCGGAGGAGGAGGCGGCGGCUGCGCACUGCGUGCAGUGCUCGGCCGAUGACGAGACGGGGGAGUGCCUCCGCAAGCGAGGUGCCACCCGGGACGUGAGCCCGGACGAGGAUCGACCGGUCAGCUCGGCCUCCUCCACGACCGAGUCCCUCGGGGAGCUGGAGGACGACAUCCUGCACAUGCUCACCACCACGUCGGACAGGGCGGAGUCUGAGGCUGGGGACGAGCUCGCCCUCGAGUCCGACAGGGGUGCGCAGAGAACACCCUCAUCCUCGUCGGCAUUGCCCAGCAGUGAGCUGGUCCGUCAACAGCAGCGACAGUACUCGCUGGGGGACGCUACAAGGGACUCAGUGCCGACGGUGCCAGUGUCAUGAAGCCACAAGGAGCCGUUAAAUGAACGAAGGAAUUUG